AAUAGCACUGUUUUAGCUCUGCCCGCUCAGUCACCCUGGAAAUUGGCGUGCUCGCUUUUGGUUGAGAACCCGCUUGUUGUCUUGGAAACGUCAGUUUCAUUUCAGAGUCGGGCUCGUGGAUAUAUCACUGCAUGAAGUACUACAGAGAGCAAGUGCCUGAAUUCGAAACCGAAUGACUCCUACUACGAGAAUCUUUUGUGUCUACAUGAUCAGUUUUUGUUUGCAGUGAAUGUGAUUCAUGAAUGGUGUCACGGUUUAGUGUUGACAAACUGGAAACCAAAGACCUACACUAAUAGUUGACGAAAUCAAGGUAUGAAAUGGCCGGAUCCAUCACAAGUGGUUCAAUCUCAUUUGAGAGAUGUGACUCCUACGAAGACCAAUUAAAGUCGCUGUUCAUCUCAUGUUGCGACCGCCAACAGGAAGAAUUGGAUGAAAACGGAUUGGUCCGUUUGUGCCAAGAACUGGAACUUAGUCAAUCCUCCCAAGAGCGACUGGCUCGAAGACUCCUGCAAAACGCACCCAAUGGCACAGUGUCGUUCGAAGUGUUCAAGGAGGCAUUGGUGGUAUUGUUAGAGCAGUUGCACCCAGUGAAACCAGAAGUCGAACCCAAGUUGGUGGUUCGGAACAAGAAAUAUGGGCGGAAAUCUAGACCUUCCAGUGUGGAUAUAUCGGACGAAGAGUUGGAGGAAUCGGUUCAAGAGCGACUGAACUCCAACCACGCUCAAGCCAAAGAUCUCUCUCCAUCGUCUGUGGAUGAUGGCAUCAUUCAAGAUAUUUGCCACGAGGGCGGCAGAUUCGCGGAUUUCCACUUUGACUCUGCAGAUCUUGACGGGGUGGAUGAACGCGAGUAUCUGCGGAGCAUUUGGCAGCGACUCCGUGUGGGACGGGAUGGGUACUUAGAUCGACAAGAGCUGGCCGAGGUCUGCGAGGUGAUCGGAAUGGAGAAACUGCCCAUUGAGAUCGUGGACCAAUUGUUCAAGCGUUUAGACGCAGACGGCGACGGUCGGGUCGAAUUUGAAGAUCUGCUCUCAUUGUUCCAGAGCUCGAAGGCUUUCUCCAAGCCCUCCAUAUCCGCUGGGCCUUCUUCCUCAGUGCCAUUGAUUGCGUCCAAUCCCGAGUCCUUAUCCCCUGUUCCAAGUCUACCUGGAAGUGGCGAGAGCUCCGUUCACCACAAGAGUCCACAAUCUCGCCAGGGAAGUGCGAAUAGCAGCCGACGGAGUAAUCAAUUUAGUCACCAUAGCUCGCCAUUAAGCGAAUCCUUGAAGCAAACCACAGAGUUCGCCUACUUUUCAGCCCUAGAUCCUGACCAUACUGGGUUGUGUUCCACGGAAAAUGUCGUGGAGUAUUUAGAGUCGAUUGGGGUGACUAAUCCGGGUAAAAUGAUCCUGGACCUACGAAUCUCGCUAUCCCAGCCAGAAUUGGAUCUGAAGACCUUGAGUGGGCUCAUGGAUGAGGAUCUGGAUCAAACUUUGGACGGGUGUCCGCAUAAUGUCAGUAAUAGUGUGCUGGUUUGUCAGAGCGAGGUGCGGUACCUCCGAUCCUCCCUAGAUAAUGUGGCUUUUGAAAGGGAUAAACUCCGUUUAGACGUGUCUGAAGCCAAUCAGAGAUCGCUAUUGCUUGCUCAGGAAAUCGAUGAUCAGAAUGCGAGACUAGAAAAGUCGAGCCAAGUCAAAUUCAGGGAACUGGAACAGAAAUAUGUUGAUCAAAUUCGGGAACUGCAAGGUGAAUUGAGCUCAGAGAAAGAGCAACAUCAGUAUGUGUCUCUGGAAUUAGACUCACGUCAACGAAUGAUCUCAGAAAAGAUGAAUGAAAAAGAGAGCAAAAUGAGAGAACAAAUUCGGAACUUGGAAAAGGAAAAUGAACGCCUUGAGAAGGACCAUACGAGUUUCAGCCAGAAAUUACAAGACAUGGUGGCCAUGAACCAAAGCCUUCAAAUCGAGGUGGAUUCCAUGGGGCCUUUGAAAGAGCGUCUCCUGGAACUAGAAGGAUCUUGUGCCACUGGUGUUGAUCAAACCAUCCUUGAGCUCACCGAGCGAGUUGAUGAGCUCAACAAAAUGAACAAGGAUCUCCGGGAUCAAAUUGACGAGCUGCACAUGCAAGCCGAGUCUGCCAAACUGUCGCAUUUUGAAAGUCGGCGAUCAUCGGCUCCGUUCUUCCAAUCCGCAACCACUAGUAACAGUUUGGACGGCAAACCCGUGCGAUUCAGCCGAUCUCUUAGUUUAAAGCAUCCUCUCAAACGAGGUCGUAAUCCGACCGUUGAAGAAGAUCCGGGUGAAGACUCUAAUGCUCCCGGUGCUGUAACAUCCUCAGAAGAAUCAUCUAUAUCCUCACGGGUGUCCUCUCCCAGAGAGGGUAAAGUGCCUCGAAAAAGUGUGAAGUGCGUGAUUAGUGAAGAGGACUUUUUGGACUCCAACCAUCCCGAAACUCACCUCACAAGUCUUAGUGUUGAACUGGGGACAGCCAAUUUGCCUGUGAUCGACAGUCCACCCUCAUCACUUGGAUCCAUUGACGACUCGCUUGUCAUGGGCAAUUUUGAAUCAUCAUUUCCAUCAUCAUCAGCGGUGAUGGGAGAAGUUGGAGAAAUCAGAGGAAUUGAACAAGAGGAGCCCUCCUGUUGCAAUCGCACUACCGCGGCCUUACGGGCCCAGAUUGCUCAAUUGGAGGUCAGAUGUCAACGCUUACAGGAGGAGAAGAAGACGCAAGAGGACGAACUUUUGGAGGAAGUCGAAAGCCUUCGACAAGCUAAAGAGAAUGAGAUCAGCCGGAUUAGACAUGAUUUGGACGCCACAAACAUGAAGUUGAACAAGGUAUUGGCCGAAAAGGAUCACCUGGAUGAGAACCUUCGGCAAAGCACCUUGAUCAAUGUAUCCUUGUCCACCGAGAUGAAGAAAGUGGACUCGGAAAUGGAGGCCGUCCAAUCGCGCUUACUCACGGCUUUGGGAGAGAUCGACCACUGCAAGGGGAAACAAGCAUCUGAUGAAGAUCGAAUCACGGUUCUCACGGGCAAAUGCUCAAAACUUGAGGAUCGGUUAAGAGAGUCCGUGAUUACAUUGGGAUCGCCGGCAUCGUCGCUAUCGAGGUCAUCCUCCAGCGCCUCUUCGUCCAGGACCUCGUCCACGAUUCAUUCCUCGAGUAGCAAUGAGAAUAUCCAAGUGAUUGCAGUCCGUCACAACAUGUCCCCGCCUCAACUGAAGCGGUCUAAUUCGCCAUGUGUGUCCAAAAUCUUUGUCAAUUCCGAGCAAUCCAGCCCAGUGGCAGGUGCGCGCCAACCCCGUCAGUUGGUCUCCUCGGCUUCUUUCUCUGGUCUCUUUAAAUCUCACUCACUGUCAAUUCACUCACCUGGUUCAUCGGCUAGCUCUUCGUCGAGCUCUUGCGCCGGUCAUCAGCCUUCUUCUCUGCCUCUGAUCCCGACCAGUAACGCCAUCAAACGUUCCAGGUCAACUUCGGACAAUGAAAGGGCCAAGGUGCAAGUGUUCCAAUUGGAGCAGCAUUGCAAGAACCUGGAAGGAGAGCUGGACCAUGUGAAGGACGAGAUCAUCAAGAUCCUCAGUGACAAGACUUCGGCCUCCAAAGAGAACCAAUCUCUGAAGCACUACGCCAAAGCAUAUGAAUUGUUGAAGAAUGAGAAUGCAGACCUAAAGAAAGAGCUGGCCAUGUUGAAGCUGAAUCCACCCAAAUCACCCAGCCUCUCCUCUGGAUCAUCCAGAGGCAGCAUUGAGACCAGCACUGAUCACCAUGAUAUCGAUCGGUCGUCGCCUGAUGGCCAGGAAUUCGAAAGUGUGACUACUUCGUCCACGGCCUCAAGCCCAAGCACAUCACAUAAACCAAGAAUCUUGAGCGAGAUCCCCGAACAACCGGACUCAUUAGACGAUGACACCUCUGACGAUAAAAGGCUGCAUCUAGAGAAAGAACUGGAGUCUGUCAAAAGUGAGCAAGUCAAAGAACGCGAGGCGUGGUCAACCAAAAUCUCACAAUUAGAAGAAAGUCUGGAGUUAAUGCGAUCCGAGUUUGAAAACAUGGAGGACUAUUGGCAGGGCAAAUUGGACGAAGAGCGACAGUUCUACGAGAACCAACUCAAAACCUCAGAUGCCAAUUUCAAAGACUUGGAGAUGAAAAUGCGAGAAUACGAAGACCUUUUGAUGACCUCGGAAAGUGUGAGCAAUCCCGAAGCCGAGAAGCUGUCCACCAUUGCCGAGACUGUUAGCUUGGAGGGUCAAGUCACGGACCUCGAGACCGAGAUCCUUGAGCUUAAAAACCAAAUCGAGGAGCUGACAAGGGAGAAAGAGGAGAAUGAGCAGAUCCUCGAGGAUCAAUGGCACGAGAAGAUAUUGAAGGAGCAAGAGGGCUUCGAGAAAGAAAAGGAAACCCUCCAGAGCCGCAUCCUUGAUCUCGUACAGAAUCUCAAAAAAGUCUCCCUCGAUCUUGAAAAAGCCAAUCAAGAGAAGGAGGUGAUCAAUGUCAAAUACAACCAGGACGUGUCCCGUCUCCAAGGGUCCUACACAAAGAUGCAGGAGCACCUUCGGAGGACUCAGUCGGUCACGGGCUCGUUCCCUCCCCAAAGUAGAACCAAGAUCCAAAUCAAGCAGCCUUCCUCGCUCCCACCUGAAAUCAUUGGCGACGGGUCAGCUCAGGCGGAUCUUCAGCGACUGCACGAGUUCAGACGACUCAUUCAAGAUGAGUGCGAUCAACUUCUCCUCAGACGCGAUCAGCUCCAACAAGAUGUGGUUGGUGACAGUUUUCUUUGGUUCACAGUCCCUCCCCCUCCGUCCUCGAAUCCCUCCUCUGUCUGUACUAGUACUACUACUACUGCUACUUCUAUCCGUCCCGUCGUCCCCCAAAGCGGAAGUUUGAGCCUUGACAGCUCCUUCCGAUUUGAUCCUAGCUCCAAUAGCAUCCAGAUGGAGCAACCUGGUCUUGAGGGCCCCUCUGAGCGCCCUCACCUUUUGCACUCCUCGACCACGAUGCUUGAUGGCGGUGAUGGGAUGAAACGCGGGCAACACUCAGCAAUCAAGGACCUGGCUCUGUUUAAAACCUCCGCACUUUCCUCUAUGGCUCGGGCUUACAAGGCUGUCCUGCAAGACAUUGAAAGGGAAAAGGCCACCAUUGCCGAGGAGAUGCAAGAGUUGAGAUCCAGUAAGCAAAAGCUCCGCAAGGGUAUCUCAUUUAACCCCAUCAAGGCAUUACAAAAUCGACUGAAGCAUCAAGAGGCGCGAUGCAAGCAUCUUCGGGAUGCCCUCCAAGUCCAGCAGGACCAAUCUGACAAAAUUCUUCAAGUAACUCGCGAUCAGCACCGUUCGGAGAUUGAGAAUCUGGAGACCUUAAUCAAGGUCAACCAAGAGAUACUUCACUCUCAGAUGAGCAAAUACAACGACCAGAUGCAUCGCCUCAUCCAAUCAGACGCUCUAGUCAAGCAGCUCUCCACCCAAAAUGAAUCCCUCAUCCUGGCCAUUCAAAUGCUCGAAGAUACUCUCAAUGGCGAUGAGACGGGCGAAGACACCCGUGAAUGUCUCACUCACAUGUGCAAGAUCCUCACUUCAGACGACAGUCCGGAAUCCUCGUGUUCUGGGAGUGAUUGCGGAAGCAGUGGCCUCUCCACGACCUCCACGGGUGGGGAUUGAACACCUAACUCCGUUUGAACAUGAUUAACAAAUACAACUGAUCUCGAAGCCAGUGAUCACCUCGAUACACUACUAUAUUCACUUACUCACUCGCUCAUACAAACACACACGCACGCCCCAUCCCCAAAUCUUGCCUGGUUGUCUUUUGAGGCACAGUAUAUUCUGUAAGAUGAAUAUCGACUUUUGUGAUACUUGGAUUCCAAAAUUAUUGCUUGUUGCUGACAUGAAUGAAUAUCUAUGUAUAUGAAAAGAUUAAUAUAUAUGAACGAGUAGAAUUGUUUAAAA